AGGUGAGAAGAGUUGGAAUUGAUGGUCGUCGAGUGGAAUUUAGGAAGGGGACUUGCGAAGCGAAGCACUGGGAGGAAGAGCAGGUGAUCGAAGGAGGACGAGGAGGAGAGGAAGAGUAUGGGCUGCUCUUCUGUGUGGAUCUUUCUACUGUCCCUUUCUCUCUCCCAUCAAAGAGUCGCAGCACAAACUGAAGCAUGCAGGACGGUGGUACAGGCAGACAUAGUUUUUCUGGUGGAUGAGUCAUGGGGUGUGGGUCAGACCAGCUUCUCCAGUGUGAAAGGCUUCGUUUCAGCCGUCGUCUCCUCCUUCCAGGACAGUGUGGUGGGAACUGAGGGGGUACGCUUUGGCGUCACUGUCUUUGGGGAUGUCCCGAGGAUGCGGAUUGCAUUGACAGACUAUAGUUCACUGGAGGAGGUGCUCAGAGCCAUCAGAGACCUGCCGUAUGAAGGUGGAUCCAGGAGGAUCGGUGAUACCCUCCAGUUUCUGGUCGACCAUGUUUUCAGCCCUGUCAUCAGUCGAGAUCACGCCCCAAAGAUUGCUGUUUUGAUCACAAAUGGACGUUCAGACGACCAGGUCGAUGCCGCAGCCAGAGCUGUAGCUGACAGUGGGAUUUCUCUCUUUGCAGUAGGGGUUAGGGGAGCUGAUGAAUCACAGCUGAGGGGGAUUGUGUCCGAGCCUCAUGAGGAGCACUUGUUGCUGGGUGCUGACUACUCUCUUCUGGAAGCCGUCCUUCCCAAACUGUCCCGCAGGGUGUGUUUCACAGCUUCUGAACCACCACUUCCUGUGAAAAUGUCCCAGCCUGUUUUAGAGCGCAUAGUGGGCCCCAAAGACCUGCAGGUCAGUGAGUUGGCCCACAGCUCCCUCAGACUGACAUGGAGCCAGGCCACAGGUGAUGUCACUGGAUAUCGCCUCCUGGUUACCCCUCUCACCUCCAGGGGACGCCCCCUCCCCCCACAGCAGAGACAGAUUGAUCUGAAGGCAGAUGUGAGCACAGCACUGGUGACAGAGCUGAGUCCUAAAACAGACUAUUCCCUCACUGUCUAUGCCAUCUACCCCAGCCUCAUAGGGGACUCUGUGACAAUCACCUCCCAGACAACCCCUUUGCCACAGCCGUCAAACUUCCGUGUGAUUGAGGAGGGUCUGUUCUCGUUGCGCCUGGGCUGGACGCCUCCUUUAGGGAAGCUCAGCGGGUUCAAGAUCUUCAUCCCAAGAUCCAACCGACCAGGAUUUACUUAUGAGCAGCUGCUUCCUGGAACCACCUCUUCUCAUGUGAUUGACAGCCUGGAGGAGGAUAAGAAGUACACUAUCAGUAUUUAUGCCGUUUACCCGCAGGGACCAAGCGAACCAGUUUCAAUAGUGGGCAAAACACUAAAACUGGUCCCGGUUCAGCAGUUCCUGGUCCAAAACGCCACCACAGACACUGUCCAGGCGAGGUGGGUUUCAGUUAAGGGCGCCACAGGAUACCGUCUGACAUGGGCAUCCCCAGAUGGUCACAUAGAGAACAUAAAUCUCGGGGAUACCUUUAACUUCUACAUGAUCCAGGGCCUCCACCCAGGCUCUGAGUACACCGUUACUAUCAACCCCAUCUUUGGCGACAUCGAGGGGCCUGUCACCUCCACCAAAGUCAAGACACUGGAGAGCAGUGCAGUCCAGACUCUGAAGGUGUCUGCUGUCACCACCAGUGCUGCUGUCAUCUCAUGGAACAGUGUCCCAGGAGCCACAGGAUACAGACUGGCCUGGGGACCCACCCCAGAGUUUGUUGGUCGGGACCGCCCCAGGCAGUUGGCUUUGAAUGGCAGCACCACAGAGUACCACCUCAAGAAUGUACCCCAUGAUACAGAGUAUGUCCUGACUCUGUAUGUGCUCUUUGGAUCCGUGGUGGGGCCUGGUAUCAGUGCUACCUUUAGAACAUCUCCUUUGGGCUAUGUGUCCAACUUCAAGGUGACAUCGUACACCAGUACCUCCAUAGAUGUGGAGUGGAGUCCCAUUGUGGGAGCCACAGAGUACAAAUUGUCAUGGAACUCAGAUGAUAGCAGCCCUCAGUCCCACUACCUGGACCGCAGUGUCCUCUCCCACCGCAUCGAACACCUGAACCCACAGUCCACCUACAUAAUCAUCAUCUGUGCAGUCUACGGCAACUCAGAAGGACCAGAAAUCUCCCUAUCUCAGCUCACAGCUGCUGUGUCAGACUCAGAGCAAAUCCAGGCUGUGAGAGGGCUGAAGGUUGUGGACAUCGGAGUCAACUCCUUUACCUUGUCCUGGAGGAAAACACCAGGGGCUUCUGGGUACAAAAUAUCCUGGAUCCCCUUCCUGGGGGGUGAUGAGAAGUCCCACGUGGUAUCUGCUGCCUCCACCACCUUCACCAUCCGCAACCUGCAGGAGAGCUCAGCUUAUAAGAUCCAGGUGGCCUCUAUGGUGGCCAACAGGGAGGGCAGCCCAGUUCUGGUCACUGCACGCACCUUGGAUCUUCCGAAAGUGAACGGCUUUGCUGCUCUGAACACAACAGACAGCAGCACUGUUCUGAACUGGACACGAGUGGCAGGAGUCUCUGGUUACCUUCUCUCCUGGAGGCACAUCUCAGUAUUGGAGACUAAAACAGAGACCCUGGGUCCUGGUUUCACUUCGUAUAAGAUCAGUGAUCUCCUGUAUGGCAGAACGUAUAUUUUCACCAUCAGACCUUUGUAUGGAGAAGUGGAGGGACCUAUAAGCACUGUGUAUCAAAGAAUAUUGGGACAGGAUCCUCAGGUGGUAACAGUCCAGUCUGUUCCAGCCACAGUGGCCCCCCGUUCCCCUCAUAUCACAACUGCCUCACAGACUGCCUCCAUCAGCAAGACUACCAUCGCUCACACAGCCACCAGGACCACCCGGCACCCCAUUGCUGUGCCACCAAUUCAAACCAUAAUCCCCAAGAAGCCUCCAGCUCAGCCGAGUGUCACCAAAGCCAAAGAAGCAGCAUUCACCUCCCUUCGAUCAACCACAUUCAGUCCAGAGACAACAGCUCUACCACGGCCAGUGUGUGGUAAGACCAUAGCCGACAUAGUAUUCUUAGUGGAUGAGUCCUCCAGCAUUGGCCCUAAUAACUUCAUCAAGAUGAAAGACUUCAUAUUCCGGGUGGUCACUUAUUUCCCUGUCAUUGGUCCUCAGGGCACACAGAUAGCUGUGGUUCAUUACAGUGAUGAGCCUCGGAUUGAAUUCCGUCUGAGUGACUUCAAAGAGAGAAACUCUGUGCUCAGGGCACUCAGAGCACUACGUUAUGGAGGCGGCAACACCAAAACAGGAAAAGGCAUCAGCUACGUUCUGCAGGAACUGUUUCAGGAGUCUCUGGGGAUGAGGCAGGAUGUGCCCCAUGUUCUGGUCCUGAUUACAGAUGGCCGGGCCCAGGAUAAUGUGGUGCCACCCUCUAGAGUUGCGCGAGCUCUAGGUGUCAGUGUCUUGGCAGUUGGAGUUUCUAAUGCAGACGCAGAUGAGCUGAAUAAAAUAGCAGCUCCCACCAGCUACAAGAAUAUAUUCUUCUCACCGACAUUCGAUGACUUUCCUUCCAUAGAGAGAGAAUUUAUCAAUAGCAUCUGUAGUGAGGAACUCCUCUCUGAGUUCAAACUACAUGAUGACUUUGCUCAGUUAGACACUCCGACUGAAGACCCAGAGGAGCUGCUUAAGCCUCAGGGUCCUUGUCCCUCCCAGUGUGUAAAGGGCCAGAAAGGUGAAAGGGGAGAUGGCCUUGGUCUUGGAGGUCUGAGGUUUAGGCAAAGCCCUGGACAGUAUGAUCCUUUCACUUCUUCCAAGGGAGAGAAAGGAGAGAGGGGUCCUCCGGGAACAGAUGGUGUUCCUGGGUUGCCUGGACGACCAGGGAGAACUGGACCCCCAGGUUCUGCCGGCCAGCGGGGCUCGCCAGGCAUCCCAGGUGACAUGGGUCUUCCUGGACUCACUGGUCCAAAGGGACAAAGAGGAGAGAGAGGAGAGCCUGGAUAUGUUAUAGCUGGCACGGACGCAAAUUUUGUCCCUGGACGAAAAGGCGAGCCAGGUUCUUCAGGUCCCCAGGGACCUCCUGGUGUACCAGGCGUUAAUGGAGCUCCAGGCCUGCCUGGCCAGCCAGGACCUCCAGGGUCACCAGGAAUAUCUGUCAAGGGAGACCCUGGAGAGUCAGGAGCAAAAGGUUUACGUGGGAAGCAGGGCGUAAAAGGAGACAAUGGAGAGCCAGGAAAAGACGGUAUUGCAGGUUUGCCUGGUCCCAUUGGCAUAGAUGGGGUACCAGGAUUACCAGGUCAGAAGGGAGAGAAGGGUGACGAAGGAAUUGGCAUACAAGGCAUUCAGGGUCCUCGUGGCGAGCCAGGACAGAAGGGAAAUAUUGGCUUAACUGGACCAGUUGGCCCAAAGGGUGAUCGUGGAGAACAGGGUAUCCAAGGAAUCAUCGGACCUCGGGGAAAGAAGGGAAUCAAAGGGGAGCAAGGGGACAAGGGAGAUCGAGGAGAGAUGGGACCAACAGGACCACAAGGACCCACAGGACUCACAGGGCCACUGGGGUUAAAAGGAGACGAGGGUCCAAGAGGAGUUCCUGGAGAUCCUGCCAAGGGUAUACUUGGUCCAACUGGAAAAAAGGGUGCCAGGGGAGACAUCGGUCCAGUUGGCCCCACAGGCCCCCAGGGAAUAAAAGGUGAACGAGGAGACAAAGGAGAAAAGGGCAGUCCGGGUUUUGGGAUUCCAGGACAGCAGGGACCGAAAGGAGAGAAUGGCGAGAGGGGAAAUGUUGGUUUGUCUGGAAAACCAGGACCAAAGGGGCAUGAUGGCUCUAAAGGUGACAAAGGGAAUAUUGGGUUACCCGGCAAUCCUGGAGAACCAGGAUUAAGAGGUAAAGAUGGCGACCCUGGAACUAAAGGAGACCAAGGAUUUAAGGGUGACUUAGGACCACCUGGAGAGCCUGGUGAUAGAGGAAUUAGGGGUCCACUGGGGUUACCAGGACGACCAGGGGACCCAGGAGAGAAAGGAGAUACCGGAAAGCCUGGGCUGUCAGGUACUGAUGGAAAGAAAGGCGACAAAGGAGAUCAAGGAAAACCUGGACCUCCAGGAACACAAAUUGUUGCAGACAACAAUAUACUGACCAGAGUGAUUAAGGGUGAAUCAGGAGAGCCUGGUCAGCCUGGUUUGAGAGGAGAAACCGGUCUGCCUGGACCCAGAGGUCCGGAAGGUAAACCAGGAUUACCAGGACCAUCUCUGGGGGGUUCUGGAAGAGAUGGACUUCAAGGAGUGAAGGGUGAACAGGGACAAAAGGGCGAGCCUGGUCAGAGGGGAGAAAAAGGAGACCAAGGACGGGUUGGCAUUGCAGGAAUGCCUGGCUUACCGGGAACUCCAGGGAAACCUGGUAUUGACGGGAAGAGGGGCCUGGCUGGAAAAGAUGGAGAAACGGGACCAAGAGGAGACGAUGGCCAAAAGGGGGACAAGGGAGACGCAGGUGCAAAUGGUAAAGAUGGUAGUAAGGGGGAACCUGGACCUCCAGGGUUGCCCGGUAGGCAAGUGCUUGUCACUUCAGAGGGCGCCACCAUUGAUGAACUCCGACAAGCAUUUCCGAUCCCAAUGGGUCCUCCAGGGGCUACUGGUUCACCAGGGAUGAAGGGUGAUAAAGGAGAACGAGGCCUAAAAGGAGAUAAGGGUGAUGCUGGAGCCCCUGGAAAAUCUAUUGAGACGAAGGACAUUGAAAUAUUGUUUGAAGCCUACGGCAUAAGGCUGCCUUUGCUGAAGGCUUUGAUUGACAGGCUGCUGCAGGAUGGAAUAGAGGAGCUGCUUCAUGUGCUCGGCACCUCCAAGAAAACAAAAGAAAACACAGAGAGUCACACAUCCAACGUCAUCCCUAAGUACACAACUUCAGUGAAAUUUGACCUCACCAGCCAGCCACUGUCAGAGCUAGACACCACUGAAGACCCAGAUUUAGAUGGCCAUUUUCCAGAAUCACUGUCAGUUGAGCCUUCAAAUGAAACUGCAGAGGGUCCUACUUUAUGGACCAUCACCACACUGAAUGGAGAGCAGGAGCUCGACACGACUGACACCAAGUUGAAGGGAUCCACAGGGAAGAAGAUCAUAGAUGGAGACAGUGAUGAAGUGCCUUCACUAAAAAUGAAUCUGACUGUAUUCAGUUCUACUUUCAAUUAUACAUCGGCCCAGGAGACGGUUUCAGAGUUACCUGAAACCGUGGAGGAGACACUUCUCCUCACUCAGGAGGACUCUCUGAAGAAGAACACAGGACAAAAAAAAAAGAACAGGGAACGUGGGAAGGGCAAAGGAAAUAAAGGACGACAUAAGAGGCAGAGACACCGCCUGACAAGUGACGAGGACAAGCAAGAAGAAGAAGGAGGGGAUGAAGAAGAAGGAGAGGAGUUUUAUAACAGUGAAGAAUACAGUUAUGAAUACGAGGAAGAACUUUCCACGGAUGACCCGCCAGUCUUGCGGGAGAGCAGAAACAUCAGACAGCUUGAAGUCCAAACACAUGAAUUCCCUCAUCCAGUGGAUAAAAAGGAGGAACAAUUACCCACACACAGCUCUGUCCAGUUAGAAACAUCGGCAGAUACCUCCAGUCGUCCUUCGACGUCCUUCUCAGGCAGAGACACAGAUGCACAGGCUGUCUUGAUUACCACAGUGCCACUGUCUCAACCAAUGGAGGAUAUAGAAACGGAUGAAGUGUUGCUGCCCAUGCCUCCCAUCUCAACAGAGGAACCAGACAAGGUGCCUCGAUCUCAAGUCAGGGUGAGAAGAGGCGCCCCCUGGCCUGAAUCCAUGGUGUUCAUGCCAGGUGCCCCUGGAGGAAGAAAUCGGUUCACAGAGGCAGAAAAACAUCUGUCCUCUGGAGCUCAAGGUUACAACAGCUUCAAUAAGAAGCAGGAAAACCCUUAUCUUCAAUCACAAACCAGGAGGGAGAGGCAAGAAAGAAGAGAAAGACAAACGUACAGAGAGACAGAAAGAGAGAUUCAUAGAGAAAUACAGGGCGGAGGGGAUGAACUGACUGAAGCUGAAGAAGUUGAACAGUGGGAAAUGGCAAAAAAGAAAGGAGUAGAGCCAGAUGGAUUUACAGAAACAGUCCCUGAUCCAGUCUAUGAGGAGGAGAGGAGCGGAGACUAUGACUGGGAUGCCGAGGAGGACGUCGAUGGAGAGAGGGAAGAGGAGGAGGAGGAGCACCUGGAGAGAGAGAGAGAGAGGGAGAGGCUGGAGAUGGAGAGAGAGCAAGAGGAGCUGGAGAGGGAGAGGGAGGCCGAGGUGGAGCUGGAGAGAAAGAAAAUGGAGAGGGAGAGAGAGGCCAAGCUGGAGAUGGAGAGAGAUAACAUGGAGAGGGAGAAGGAGCUGGAGAGGGAGAGGACAGAGACGGGGGAGGAGAGAGACAUUGAGAGGGAGAGGGAGGAAUGGGAGAGGAGGAGGAUGGAGAUGGAGAGGAGGAGAGAGGGGGGUUAUGAUGAAGAAAAUGGACAGCCAUAUCCAUACCCUCCAGAGUAUUUUUUCCUAAAGGGACAACAAGGGGAGAAUGGAAAACCAGGACGAAAGGGUGAAAUUGGUGAGAAAGGACAAAAGGGAGAGCCAGGUAUCGGCCACAGAGGGCCAGAAGGCCAAGCUGGUCCUCCAGGACAGAAGGGUGAACCAGGUGAGCCAGGGCCUCCAGGUGCUCAGGGCAUCCAGGGUAUCCGUGGUAAUUCAGGCAUCCAAGGUUCCGCAGGCCUUAGGGGUCCCGCAGGAGACACAGGGGAACCAGGCAGAGAGGGUGACCGGGGUAAAAGGGGGAAGAAUGGAUCACCUGGAGCUCCUGGACCUCGAGGAGCACCAGGAUCUCAUGGUCCUCCGGGUGUACCUGGAGUAAAAGGAGAAAAGGGUGACAGUAUUCCGGGAGAGCCUGGUGCCAGGGGUUUGGCUGGCUUCUCAGGCAGAAGGGGUGACAAAGGCACUCCAGGUGUUAAAGGAGUUCCUGGGCAUAUAGGUCCAAAAGGUUUGCAUGGCAGCAAAGGUGAAAAGGGAGACCGUGGGCUACCUGGAGUCAGGGGAGAAAGGGGGAGUGUACUUCAAAUCCAAGGACCCCGUGGAUUCAAGGGCUCCAAAGGAGAGGCGGGUGAGCGCGGCCCACCAGGUUUUGAUGGCGACAAAGGAGAAAAGGGCGAGGAUGGUCCUCCUGGAGUCAAGGGCUUAAAGGGUGAUGCAGGUACCAAGGGUGCAUUGGGACGGUUUGGAGCACGAGGACCUGUAGGCCAGAAGGGAGAUCCAGGGGAGUCAGGACUCAACGGAGUGAUGGGUCGCAACGGGGAUCAUGGAGUGGAUGGGACUAAAGGAGAUAAAGGAGAUAUAGGACUGCAAGGCCAAAAGGGUGAUCAGGGUGAUGCAGGGGAACCAGGCUUACCAGGAGACGAAGGGGAGAAAGGAGAGAAGGGUUUCAGAGGUUUACCUGGACGCAUAGGGAGUCCAGGCCUGGAUGGAGAAAAGGGAGAUAUGGGGUUCCCUGGCACCCCUGGUAUACCUGGACUGAAUGGACUCACAGGGCGCAAGGGUGACAAGGGGGUUGGAGGGAUGAAUGGUGUUGAUGGUGAUCCAGGAGUGAAAGGGGAAAAGGGUGCAGCAGGUUUCCCAGGAUUCCCAGGCUUUAAGGGGUCAGCAGGGAGUCUAGGAAGGGACGGAGAUGAGGGACCACCAGGACUACCAGGUCCCCGUGGGAACACUGGGCCUAAGGGGGAGAAGGGAAGAAGAGGCAGAUCGAAGCGGUGUCAGAGGGGAGCACCCGGGACACCAGGACAAAGAGGAGACAGUGGUAUAGUGGGGGCUGGAGGAGCAAAGGGGGAGAAAGGAGAUCCUGGACUCUCAGCUGAAGAAGUGAAGGAGCUAGUCACUCAAGAAGUGGCAGAAAAAUGUGGGUUGGAGUAUAAGUUCAUGGUAAAGUCUGUGGAUCCAGAUGGAACAACCAUGGUGACUGACUCUAAAAAUGAGCGAGAAGAUGAAGUGAUAUCGCUCUCUCGUGAAGGGGCAGAAGAAGCAGGUGAACAAGAGGAAGAAGAAGAAUAUGGCGACAGGAUGGAAGAAAUGACCAGUCCCGCUCCUGUGAUCCUCGGAGAAAAAGGGAUGCUACCAAACCACACUGAUUCUCUUGAGGGAGGGACUGUGGAGUGGGGACAGAGAAAGAGAAGAAGGGUAUUUGGAACAAACACUGCUGUUUCAGCAACAGACCGCUGCCUGGAGCCCAUGGCAGAGGGGGCCUGCUCAGAGUACAUUCUGCUCUGGUACUUCCACCCUCGCUCAGGGGAAUGCAGACCGUUUGUGUAUGGGGGCUGUGGUGGGAACAGAAACCGAUUCUCCUCAAGACAAGAGUGCCAGAGUUGGUGCGGGAUGGAGAGGAGAGGCACUGAACCCCGGAGAUGAAGCCAGCAACCCAAGAUAAGAUGCUCCUUUUUGUACAUAAUUGUGUAAAAUGUUAUUAUUUUGUGUUUUAUGUUGCUUUUAUUUAUGUAUUUUAAAAGCGGUUUCUUGAUCUGUUGUAUGGUUGUAAGUGUUAAAAAUCAAAAUGUGAAUAUUCAUUUUGUAAUUUUUAUAUAUAUGUUUCUUAAAAAGACUGACAUUAGAGUGUCAACAUUGAUUAAAUCUGUCUUUACUGUUGUGA